ACAGGGGCGGACUGACAACUCAUGGGGCCCCCGGGCAAUAGGGAUCAUGGGGCCCCUGUGUCCUUUCCCAAACUCAAAAAAGCCUAUGAAAAAGGUACCAGGGGCAUCUCAUGGGGCCCCCUACUGACCCCGGGCCCUCAGGCAGUGCCUGAGUUUUCAAAUGGUCAGUCCACCCCUGGACCUGUAUACCUGCAUAGUUCUGCAGCAUCAGGCUCAGUCUUUCUAGGGACUUCAUCCCCCACACGUCUUUGCUCCUCCUAGCCAUACAUCAGUCUUUUUUUUUUUUGAACAAAAAAAAUUAUUUUAUUUUCACAUCCACACAUUUGA